UUUUUAUUUUUCCUUUCAUUCUUUUAUUUAUUUAUUUUUUUCUAGUGAAACGGAAGGGGCCUCUUUUUCUGUUUCUCCCCUCCUCCACCGCCCUGGAAAACGAAACUUAAGUUAGAUCUGUGAAACUGAAACUUACCAUGAACGUUAUUAUUUUAGUCUGAGAGCUGCUGGAAGAAACUGUUGAUAUUAUUAAAAACCUACUUUUUAUUUUAUUUCAAAGUGCCUUCAUUUUGACCUCUGGACAAAGAUCUAGAACCACGAUUAAUUUAGGAAAAGCUCUGAAACGUACAUGGGAAAUUUCUGUGAUCCUACAAGAAGUAAAACAAGAGAAACACUAGAACACCAUUUGCGGAAAUCCUAGUCAAAAAUAUAGUGUUGACGGCCUACUAAACCCCUUCUCGCUCUCAAUGGAUUCCUCGUUAUGUUUCCCCGAUCUUCAACCUUUCACAGAAAACAUCAUGUCUGUGAUGUAUGAACUGAAGAAAAAGAAAUUUAUGGACAACACCCUUUUCUCCAACUUGGACUUUGCGGAGAGAUUUCUCAGGGAUCAUCCUCUAAGAAACGACUUAAAAUUGUUGGUGAAAGGAAAUUACUCAUGUGUACAAAUGGGUAAGAGUAGAGAUUACGUUUUUACCGUAGCAUCAGAAAACAACCGAACCUAUGUCAAUGUACGUGUCAGCACAUAUGCUGAGAACAUCUCAGUGUAUUCUAUUGAUUUCAGUCACUUUUGCAACCACACCUGUCAGGAUGAGACCAAGUCCUGUUUCACACAGGCUAAAGAAGCUGUUCCUAAAGGUGGUUUGAGAAGACUACAUAUCAUGUGCAACAGGUUCUCGGUCACCUACAUUUCCAAAUUUGAUGGUCCAGGUCCAACUGUUGAAACUAAGUGUCAGCUGAAGCUUGAGAACCUCACUGCUGAGGGUUUACUGAACAAAAAAACCUGGCUGCUGAAAGAGAAGCCCACCUGUCAUGGUUUGAUAGCAUGUCUAAACCAUCUCCUAAAACACUAUCUUACCAACCCAGCUCCAAGUUAUUCCUAUAGAUUUGUAUUACAUGGAGAUAAUGAAACAGUCAUAUUCACUUCAGGUGAAAAAAAUGAAGAAGAGUGUGUUCUGCUACACGAUCAUGAAGGAGUCUCAAUGUAUCCUUCAACACUGUUUUAGAAGCUACAAUGUAUGCUGCAGGGGGAAUAGUAGGUCAUUUUACUUGAUACAUGAAUAACUGUAACAGCUCUUUCUUUGUAUUCAGUACAGCAGUAAUAUUAUAACAUUAGUUUGUGAAUAAUGAAAAAAGUUUAGUAUAGUUUACAGAGAAAACAAUCCCUGAUUUGCCAGCAUAACAUUAUUUUUUUUUAUUGAAUCACAUUUUUUUCUUAGUUAUUUCCUAUAAAUUAUGGACACAGAGUUUUUAAUGUACUGUAUAUGGUACAUCUGAUGUUUUGGGUGAAUGAUUGCAUUACUUUAGUGUUGUGUUUUAUCAUGAUGGUGUUUAAUAUUUCUCAUAUUUAUGGCAAAGUUCUGGGAACCACAGCGGCUGUAUUUUCCCCCCUUAUUUCCUUAUAUACAAGCUCCCUUAUUUCCUUCAACAGCUACUCCCCAUUAUGUUCUUUCAAAAUCUACUUUACCAAUCUAAGACCAGCCACCCCUAAACCUAACCUUAAACCUUGCAGUUUCCUUAUAUUACCCUGUAAUUUCUUUGGUAUUGUACCGUAAGUGCAUCCUUAAAAUUUGAUUAAUGUACAUGUGCGAUUAUAUUUUAAUUUCAUAGAUAGGACUACACAACACAGUAGAGUAUAUGUUACAGGUUUUCUGUCACAUACACCAGGGACUAUGAUUGUACAGGGUUUGGCUUAACUAAGUUAAAGUUUGAAAACAUCACUGUUGAGGGUCUAGUGAACAAAAAAAGACAGCUUUGUCUAUUUAGAUUUUAUAACCAAAAGCAAUGGGUGUAAUUUGACCAUGAGGAGUACAGUACCAAAUGCAAAGUUUAUGUUUGGUUUCGUGUUUCUUUUUGUGAUAACUUAGCAGAACAGAUUUACAUUUACACAAUUUACUACUUGCAUUACUGGUUGCAGAAGAUUCUGAAAUUUUGUACUUGUUGCUGAGAGUCUUGAGUGUGAAUAUGUUAAUAAACAUCAUUAUUUGUUU